AUGGGCAGCGAAGACAAAUGCAGAUCCUUCCAAGACAUUGUGGACAGCUUCCAUCAGUGUUCCAGUGACCACGAGAAGGCUCUUAGCAGUAUCCCUGAAUUGGAGGAUAAGGAUAAGAGGAUAGUUAUACAACGCCAGGCUUCUAUGUUUUUACGGUUCUUGGUGACUUGUGCAUCUGAGAAAGAUCGUUUUCCUGACAAUUUUAUUUUCGGAGUAAGUACGUCUGCCUAUCAGAUUGAAGGCGGUAGGGAUGAAGACGGUAAUGGACGAAAUGUAUGGGACGCUAUAACCAGGGUACCAGGAGCGAUAGCAGAUAAUUCAACAGGAGACAUCGCAUGUGACUCUUACCAUAAAUGGAAGAGAGAUAUACAGCUUCUCAAAGAACUGCGCGUGUCUACCUAUAGAUUUUCCAUAUCGUGGUCUCGCGUGUUACCCAAUGGAACCACGGAUAAUAUCAACGAAGAGGGGUUGGCAUUUUACGACAAUUUCCUGAACGAACUACUGGAAGCAGGCAUUGAACCGUUGGUCACAUUGUAUCACUUUGAUUUGCCAUCGGCGCUUCAAUAUCAAGGCGGCUGGACGAACUCAUCCAUCGUUGACUGGUAUGGUGAUUAUGCUGAACUCAUAUUCUCCCGCUUCGCUGACCGCGUACAGAACUGGCUGACGAUAAACGAACCGGAGAUAGUAUGCGAUCAGCUGGCCGUGCUCCCACUGAUUAUUGAUGAUAAGAAUGCAGCAAGCCUCGUCUGCACUAAGAAUCUAUUGCUGGCUCACGCAAACGCGCACAGGAUUUAUAGAGCGAAAUAUAAGCAGCUUUACAAUGAACCUGAGGAAGAUGAUGAGAAAAAUAAAAUUGUGGAUAUAAUGAUGCAAUCCUUUAACGACAGAUUCAUACAUCCAGUAUUUGCUAAGAACGGUGGAUGGCCCAAAGGCCUACAGAAAUACAUUGCAAAGUAUAGCAAGGAUCUUGGAUAUAAUACAUCAUUAUUGCCUUCCUUUACUGAGAGGGAAAAGAAGUUUAUCAGAGGUACAUAUGAUUACGCAGGGUUUAAUUAUUACUUUGCAGUGAAGGCAACGGACAUUAAUAGCAGUAUACCGUGGAAUCCGUUAAUAUCAAUAUUUUCACAGGAAGGAUAUACUGUAGAGACUUAUGCAUCUCCUGAAGGGCUAAGAAAGCUAAUGAAUUGGCUCAAAGACCGCUAUGGAAUUCAAGAUUUACUCAUCACAGAAAAUGGUUAUGCCGACGAAGAUACAACACAUCUUGAUUAUGGCAGAGUGAAAUACAUUAAACAGCAUUUAGAACAGAUUCUCUUAUCUAUAUACGAAGAUGGUUUAAAUGUUUUCGGUUAUAUGGUUUGGAGUUUAAUGGACAAUUUUGAGUGGACUUCAGGAUAUAAGGUGCGUUAUGGUCUCUACAACAUAGACUUUGACGAUUCGGAACGCCCUGCGACUCCGCGAAUCUCUGCUUCUUACUACACUUGUGUCAACCUCAAUCGUACCAUGCAAGAGUGUAAUGACAUUUACUUUCAGUAG